UUUAUUUUUAUAUCUUUGAAAUUAAAACCGGAAGACAGCCGAUAGUAGUCUCGCCAAGAUAUCGGAGAGAAACAAAUAAUUAAACAGAUCUGACCAUGAGGUUAUUUUGAUCAUUUUCCACUUUUAAUAUCAAAUACUCCAGUAAAAUGUGAAAAAUGUUUAAACCUAUCUUUCAGACUUUCCUUGCGAUAGCUGUGCCGAUCGACAUCCCUAACAAGAACGUGUUCGUGUCCUACAACUUCGAGGCGAACUACGCGGCGCUGACGAACAUAACGGAAAUCGAUGAAGUCCUCUUCCCAAACUUACCUCUGGUAUCAUCACGGCAUAGUCGCAGUAUAUCCAGGGAACUGACUUACACAGUUCUAGAAAACCGCUUUCAAGAAUACGGAAUGAAGGGCAGGGAAUGCAUGCUGCGAAACAUCUGCGAGGCAGCCGAGACCCCGCUUCACCACAACGGCAUACUCGGGCACAUAAUGCAUAUAAUAUUCACACCAUCAUCGUCCCAAGAGGAAGGGUUGGACGAUGAAUACUACGAGGCCGAGGCGGAUGGCCAGCGCGGGGACUGCGACAAAUACAUAGCGUCGUGUCCCACCAGCCUGUUUGACUAUAUCACCAGACUCGUGCAGUUACCGCACAGUUCACAGCCAGAAUAAACGAUUUGACUAGC